CUUCGAUGUGGAAAAUGGCCCGUCACCAGGUCGCAGCCCGCUGGACCCGCAGGCCAGCUCCUCCUCGGGACUCGUCUUGCACACGACGUUCCCAGGCCACAGCCAGCGCCGGGAGUCCUUCCUCUACAGAUCCGACAGCGACUAUGACUUGUCACCAAAGACUAUGUCCAGGAACUCUUCUCUCCCCAGCGAACAGCAUGGCGACGACCUGAUCGUCACACCUUUCGCCCAGGUGCUGGCCAGCCUUCGAAGCGUGAGGAAUAACUUCACGCUCCUUACCAACCUGCACGGCGCCUCCAACAAGAGAUCUCCAGCAACGAGUCAGCCGCCUGUCUCCAGAGUUAACCUGCAAG